UACCGGUUAGUAAAGCUGCGGAUGUGUGAUGCAACCAGCUGUAGGGAUAUUUUCUCAACUCCUCACAACUAGUUUGAACUUUCACUCAUCAUCAGCUGUUGUCCUGAACGACAACUUGGACUCUAGACGCUCUGCUGUUCGUCGCUCUGCCUCCUGUUUAUCGGCUAAAGACGGCUAAACUCUCAGCCUUCGCUUCGCUAACAUAUUAGCAGCUCCAGAUGGACGUUCGCUCGGCUUGACUCUCGCUUCUCUGCUGUUCGCCGCCGCUCCUCUGCCUGCUCGGGACUUUUCCUUAUGAGUACAUUUUGAGGCGCCGGGUGCCGCAGGAGUGCCACCCCAUUUUCCUCGUUUGAACUGAACAAAUGGCCACCGCUGCUCCCCCUCCAGCCGCUGGCUCCGCCGCGGCCGCCGAAAACCCGAGUCCCGGAUCCAGCAGCUCGACCGCGGCCGACAGCGGCAACCAGGACAGCACCUUCGAGUGUAACAUAUGCCUGGACACCGCCAAGGAUGCGGUGAUCAGCCUGUGCGGACACCUCUUCUGUUGGCCCUGUUUGCAUCAGUGGUUGGAGACCCGACCAAACAGACAAGUGUGUCCGGUGUGUAAAGCUGGUAUCAGCAGAGACAAAGUAAUCCCCUUGUAUGGCAGAGGAAGCACAGGUCAACAAGACCCCAGAGAAAGAACUCCCCCUCGACCACAAGGACAAAGGCCUGAACCAGAGAACCGUGGUGGUUUCCAGGGAUUUGGCUUCGGAGAUGGAGGUUUCCAGAUGUCGUUUGGAAUCGGUGCCUUUCCGUUUGGUAUUUUUGCUACAGCUUUUAACAUCAACGAUGGAAGACCUCCUCCAGCAGCUCCGGGGACACCGCAGCACACGGACGAACAGUUUCUGUCUCGGCUCUUCCUGUUUGUCGCUCUGGUGAUUAUGUUUUGGCUGCUGAUUGCAUAAUUAUGUGGAAAGGAAAGGUGACAUCUUGUGUUAACCUGUACAGAUUUGUCAGAGAUGAGAUGCGACACACGGUCUCGGUUUGAUCCAAUGUUUUGUGAUUCUGCCUUCGUACAUUUUUAUUAGUUCUUCUUCAGUUUUUUUUUGUUCUCUCCUUGGCAGCACGCUACCACCUCAGUUAUCUUACAUGCAUGUCUGUUUGCGUUAAUGUUUAACACAUGCAGAAAGCUUAAAGUGAGAGACAGUGGCUGAGCGUGAUGGUGAGACAGCCAUGAAUCUUACUACUGUGACAUGUCAAAAUGUCCUCUGUGGAAAAUAGGCCUAUUCCAUGCUGAAUAGCUGCAAAGAAACCUACUGGAUUUAAAUGCUGAAUGCUAGCAUGUGCUUUCUCAAUAGUGAGCAUAAACUAAAUCGAGAUAUCACACAUUCUGAUUUUGAGUUGUCAGCAGAAAGUAGUGUGUCAUGGAUGCGCCCUUUUCUUUUUCUUUUGCUAAUAUGUGAAACCUUUAAGUGCAGGAUCGUGCACUCAGAAACAGUAGCAGAGGGUAAAUAUAGUGACUUUGUGCAAGUGGGUGACAAAUUAAAGGAAUAAAACAAGCGUCUUCGUAAGGUGCUGGGCUACCAAAUGCCCACAGAACCAGUUUAAUGCACCUCAGCAUUGUUUCUGAGAGACUGUGAAACUCUGCUGCAGGGACGGAGCAGCAUUUUUCUCUCCGCUGUCUAACUCAUCAGUCCAAAAUCUAACAUGUGUUGCGAUCUGGUGACUGUGAAGGCUGUAGCAGAUGAUUCACAUCAUUUUCGUUGACGUUGAUAGUCAUCCUGGAAGAGGCCACUCCCACCAGGAAGUAAAUAUUUCACCAUAUGAUAAAGGUGAUCACUCGGAGCAACUUUGCAUUGACUAGGAGUGAUCAAUAUGUCCAGACUGUGUCAGGAAAAUGCUCCCCCACAUCACAGCAGAGUCUGUAGGGGUUCAGUUUUUCCUUUUUCCUUUAAUUUGUCACCUGUCAGGAAGUGAUUUUGGACUUAAUGACUAAGAAUGUUUUUUUUCUCCAUUCAGAUGUACCUGCUUUUUACAAAUUGCACAUCAAAAGUUACCAAAUUUCUCCAGACAUUUUGAGCAAUCAAGAUGCUACCAGACUGACAUUUUUCUCUUUAUUUUAGAUAAGAUUGAAAAGCAAUGUGUUUAUGAUGCAUGUAAGCCGUUGAAACUGACUAAAUUUAUGAAACAGUGUUUCCUUUCCAAACUGCAAAAUCGUUUUAUUUUGCUGAAUUUCUUUGAUGUCACUGUAAUUAAAUGUAAAAUACUGUAGAUUAAUACAGAGUUAAAAUGAAGUUUGAUUCACUGAACAUGAAACGACUUUUCUAAAUGUCAAUUCGCUCUAUUGACAGUAAAGCUAUGUAAAUGAAAGAGUUAA